AUGGCGACUUUGGUGGUCGUUCCAGCUAUAGCUCCAUAUAGCCUGGCCGCAAAAUGCGGGAGCGAGAUCAUCGCAACCUGCAUCACGAUCUAUAUCGGAGAGAGUAUCCUUGCAAAUGAAUUGUUGGCCAAGACCAAGGGCAAUCGGAUGGGCUGGGGUUUUGUGGCCUUUGGAUUUGGCAUGUCGUUUGGCAUCGCCAUCACACUGUUCAACUACAUCUCUGCCCACCUCAACCCGGCCAGCUGCCUGGCGCUGUGGAUCAUCGGCAAGAUCAAUGGGCUGGAGUUCCUGGCCCUCUCCGCUAGCGAGUUCCUGGGCGCCUUCCUGGGGGCCUGCCUGGUCUGGCUGCACUUCCUGCCCCACUUCAAGACCAUCCCCGAGCCCCCCUCCAAGGCCGUGGAUGACCUGCUGCUGCGCAGCCGCGACGCGAUGUCGGCUGAGGCCCUGUCCAUCGCCUCGUACAACACGCGCGGGCAAGACAAGGCGCGGCGCGAGGGCCCGCGCAAGGGCAUCGGCAGCGUGCUGGACGACAUGCGCUACUUCCUCAGCGCCGACAGCGCGCACCCCGAGGACCAUGACGAGCUGCUGAAAGUGGCUUUUGGCGGGCCGGCCACGCUGUACACCGUGUCGCCGGAGCCCGUGGACGACAAAUCCGACGGGCGGCGCGCGGCGUUGCGCCGCCGCUCCGUCCAGGUCGCCGACGUCCACCGCCGCAUCAAGGACAUGGACCUGGAGAACUUCCAGGCACUGCUGCGCGUGCCCAACGUGGGCGCGGGACAGCCGCUGCCGCCCUCCCAGUACGCCAGCGAGGUGGCGCUGGAGGUGGACCGCGCCUCGGUCAAGCGCUCGCGCAGCGUCUCGGCGCUGGAGCGGGAGGACGAGAAGCUGGGCGGGGGCACGCCUGUGGACGGCGCGCUGACGCCCGAGCCGGGGAAGGCGUACCGCGCCCCCGCCAGGCCGGGGGCGGGCAGGGUCGAGCCCGAGGCCAGCAAGCCCCGCACGGCGCGCGGCGCGGAGGCCGAGGCGGGGCCCACCGAGCGGCUGAUGGAGGCGAGGCGGGCGCGUGGCGAUGCCCUGUUCAAGGCUGCCAUCGUGGCCGACCAGAACGCCAAGCUGUCCAUCUUCGCCACCCGGCCCGCCAUCCUCUCGCCGGCAUUCAACGCAUUGUGCGAGGUCAUGUGCACGGCCACGCUCAUCCUCCUGUACCUGCUGCUAGUGGAGCGAGGCAACAUGCUGUAUGAGCCCGUGCGCUCCCUCUUCCUCACCACAGUGGGAAUGUGGGCCGGCUUCCUCAUCUUUGUGCUCAUCCUGGGACUGGGAGGCCCCACCGGCAUCGCCGCCAACCCCGCCCGCGACUUUGGACCCCGCGUCGCCCACUGGAUCCUGCCCAUCCCGGGCAAGGGCCCCAGCGAGUUCUACUACGGCUGGAUCCCGCUGGUGGCCUGCUUCGCGGGGGGCGCGGUGGCGGGGGCGCUCUUCAAGGCCAUCGAGCACCUGAACCACUCCAAUGUGCCUGCCGGCCUGGCCCUCUAG